AUGGCUGCCAAAUCUACUAUCAAGGUUCCCCACCUCGGAGGCAUCGAUGCCGGCUAUCGUGUCUCGGGCUCUGGCAUCGACUCUAGCAAACCUACCCUUGUGCUCGUCAACUCCAUGUGCACCACAUCAUCUCUCUUUGAAGCACAGUUCUCUGCUCCGGAACUCACUGACAAGGUCAACCUUCUCGCCAUCGAACCCCUCGGCCAUGGCGCCACAAGCUCAAAGUCAGAGCACUUCACCUACUGGGACUCAGCCAUCAUGAACCUCCAGGUCAUGGAAGCUCUUGGCGUCGACAAGGCUUUCGCCCUGGGAACAAGCGCUGGCGGCUGGAUCGUCGUUCGCAUGGCCCUCCUAGCCCCUGAAAAGAUCCUCGGCGUUCUCCCGCUUGGCACGUCCAUGGACUACGAGUCCGCCGAGUCUCGCGAGAAAGGCUGCUGGGACCCCAAGACUCAGCUUGGCCCCUUCUACGAGAACUGGCACAGCACUACGCCAACGCCUGACUUUGUCGUCGAUGACGUUUGGCGCGGUCUCGUUUCGUCGGUAGGCUUCGGAAGCAACCCAUCUCCUGAAACGCUCGCGUUCUGGGACGAGACGCUCAAGCAGGUCUAUCGCGGGGACGAGGGCCGAAAGAAGCUGCGGAUCGCCGUUGUCAACCUUUUCGAGAGGGAUGGUCUGCUUCUUCGCUUGCGAGACGUCAAGUGCCCCGUUUACUGGCUUCAGGGCACUGCCGAUCCUGUGUUUGGCACGACUGUUCCUACUGAGCACAUAAAGCUCUUCACCUCGAGCCCUGAGGCUACGCUCGACUUUGUCGAGGGCGGUGGCCAUUAUCUGAGCGCUACUAACCCCAAGGAAAUUAACGAGGCCAUUCUCAAGAUGGUGACCAAGUAUGCUUAA